AACCAGUAGAAGAGUCUCUGCUGGAAAAAUACGGAUUCCCUGAAGCUGGAACAGAGACCAGACGUUACACAAAUCACGCACUGUCUUAUGAUCAGGCAAAACGGGUGCCUAGAUGGGUGAUUGAACAUAUUUCAAAACAGAAGACACUGGGCAAUGCAGACCGAAGGCACUGUAAAUUCAGACCCGAUCCUAACAUCCCUCCAAUGUUUAGUGCUGUCAAUGAAGACUACCUUGGCAGUGGAUGGUCACGAGGACACAUGGCACCAGCGGGAGAUAACAAGUUUUCAACAAGAGCUAUGGCCGAAACGUUUUAUCUGUCUAACAUCGUGCCUCAGAAUUAUGAAAAUAAUGCUGGAUUUUGGAACAGAAUGGAAAUGUAUUGUCGGGAAUUGACCGAGAGAUUUGAGGAUGUUUGGGUAGUUUCUGGACCUCUGACCUUGCCUCAAACAAAUGAUGAUGGAAAGAAGAGUGUUACUUAUCAGGUAAUCGGAAAGGAUGACGUAGCUGUGCCAUCUCACCUGUACAAGGUGAUCCUUGCCAGACGGAGCAGAACGUCUACAGAGCCCUUGGUACUGGGGGCUUUUGUGGUGCCAAAUGAUCCCAUAGGCUUCAGUCACCAGCUGACUGAGUUCCAAGUAAAUAUUGAAGAUCUGGAAAAAAUGUCAGGUUUAGUUUUCUUCCCUCAGGUGGAUAAAACCAAAGAUGUCAAAAAUAUCUGUGAGGUGGAUACCUGUAAACUGAUGGGCUUCAAGGAGUUUACACUGUACAUCACUGCUCGAAAAGUGCAGAGUGCCCGUACAUUGCACCGGUUGGAGAAAGCCAUGUCAGAGUUAAGGGAGGCGGGAAUUGAGCCUGACGAAUAUCUUCUAAAGCUUCACAAGAAAAAGGAAGAAGAACUACUGCAGGAAAAACAAGCAGCAGCUAGAGAGAAAGCUGGCUGAGUACCUGUUCGGGAAGAUGUUUGGGGUUCUGUACUUUGAAAGGGGAGAUGAAGGCAAACACAAGACAAGGGGUCUAUGGAUUACCAUUUUUUGAAUUGUGAAAACUAUAAUAAAGAAACAUUUGGAAGCUGAUGGGUUUGG